CAGGGCACCGCCCAAGUGCAUUUCGCCAUUUCGACCAUCAUCACCACCGACGACACCGCGUCUCUCCUCACUACCAAAUAUUUGGCGUAUUUUGGUCCAAACAGUGUUCUGUCACCUAUUCGGACGCAAUGGCUUCGACCAACUAUAAAGAGGCGUUCUCGCUAUUUGACACCCGUGGCGUCGGCCGCGUUUCCCUUGACAAACUGGGCGACCUCCUCCGCGCCUGUGGGCAGAACCCGACUCUCGCCGAGAUCCACGAGCUGGAAAAGAGCGUUGGUGGUGAAUUUGAUUUCGAGACCUUCCAGCGCGUUCUCAACCGACCGGGUGGCUUUCGCGACCCUGGCGAGCCCGAGGAAUACUGCCGCGGCUUCCAAGUGUUCGACAAAGACAUGACUGGGUUUAUCGGCGUCGGUCAACUCAAAUACAUUCUUACAAAUCUGGGCGAGAAGAUGACGGAAGAGGAGGUUGACGAGCUGCUCAAGGCCGUCGAUACCAGCUCCGGGCAGGUCAACUACACGGAACUCGUCCGGACCAUCCUUUCCAACUAGAAGUAGCGGGGCUGUGAAGGAGCGGGCGGCACUAGCCACGCUUUGCUGAUGAACGGGAACGGGUCUACGAAGCGACUCUCAUGGAGGGCAUUGCAUUGAUUGCGUGACGGGCGACUUGGCGUUGGAGUUGUGUUGUUUUACAUUUGGGCGCCUGGGUUGGUACUCGAUGAUAGCCAUUCAGGACUUGGGUAGGAUAAGGAUUGAAACCUAGAUAGCAACAUGGAAGCAGUCACUGAAUGCUGGUUGGGCGC